AUGGUGGCGGGGAUUUGCUUCGAUAACGCACGGAUUCUCAAGGAGGCCGGGUUGCCUGGGUCACGUGCCCAGUACGACGAGGACGGCUUCCCGAGAGCCGGAUACUUGUCGAACGGGCUCUCGCUGUACACGUUCGGGGACGAGAUCCAAGGGAUCCACAGAGAGAGAGAGAUCCAAUCGAACGCGAUGAAUGUGCCACCAGAAUGCACAGGGUUCGAACGCGUCGACUGCCGCGGGAUGACACUCAUGCCCGGGCUCAUCGAUUCGCACGUGCACGUCACGGCCUCGAGCGCGAACCUCAGGAUGCCAUCGACGAUGCCUCCGUCGCUGCUGUACGCGCGCUCGGUCCCGAUCCUAUCCGGCAUGCUCAACCGCGGCUUCACGACCGUCAGGGACUGCGGCGGCGCGGACCACGGGCUCGCGACCGCGGUCGAGGAGGGGUCGAUACGAGGUCCGCGGAUCGUUCACUGCGGGAAAGCGCUCUCGCAGACUGGCGGGCACGGCGACUUCCGCGGCGCCGGAGAUGUCGCGCUCGCGUCCGGCGCGUGCUCGUGCUGCAACUUCACGAUCGGGCGCGUUUGCGACGGCGUGGACGCGUGCCGCGCGGCGGUGCGGGAUGAGGUGAGGAAGGGCGCGAAGCACAUUAAGAUAAUGGCCAGCGGCGGGGUGUCGAGUCCGACGGAUCGACUGGAGAAUUUGCAAUUCUCCGAGGAAGAGCUCAAAUGCAUCGUCGAGGAGGCGAGGAACGCGGGAAUAUACGCGUGCGCGCACGCGUACACGGACGAGGCGAUCGAGCGCGCGAUUCGCUGCGGCGUCGCGUGCAUCGAGCACGGGAAUUACGCGAGCCGCAACACGGUGAAGGAGAUGCGGGCAAAUGGGACCUAUUUAGUCCCGACGCUCGUGACGUACGAGCGCUUGAAGAUCGACGGCGUCGCGAACGGGAUGUCUCAAGCGAUGGUGGACAAGGUCGCGGACCUCGUCGAGGCUGGGCAGAAGACGCUCAAGGCGGCGACGGAGGAGGGCGUGAUGGUGUGCUACGGAAGCGAUUUGCUCGGCGACAUGCACAAGUAUCAGGCGCACUCGAUCAAGUUGCACUUGGACGCGGGCGUGAGCGCCGCGCGCGUGUUGAAUUCGCUGACGGGGACUCCCGGCAGAUUGCUGGGCAAGCCGUGGUCGUGGAUGCGCGCGAUGAAAAAUAUAAAUGCUAAACCGCACGUGAGUAAAGAGAAGUCUCAUCUGCAGCAGCUGAGGAUCGGUCGGUUAUCUCCUGGGUUCAAAGCGGAUGUCAUCUUGGUCGACGGCGACGUCGCGAACGACCCGACGGUGCUGAUGGACGAGAACAACAUAAAGCUCGUCGUCAAGGACGGCGUCAUAGUGAAGAACAUCCUCGAUAAGAAGGACGACGACGACGACCGUCGGAAGCGGGUGAAGCGAGAGACGUGAGCGGCGGCGCGGGUACACGUCGAACAUAUUUAUUAUAGCAAACGCGACGCUCGCCUCUCUUCUUUCGAUUAUAAAAGCGCAUCCUAUCCCACCGCGAGCGUCGCGCCGCGUCCUCCUCGUCGCUCAUCUCACCCUACCGCUAUCGAGAAAGUCAUCAUCGUUCGCUCGCUCGCGUCGACGAGCGGUCGACCGACCAACCCUUCCGUCGAUCGAUCGAUCAACUCACUUCUUCGGCGCCGGCGCGGAGGCGGCGAUCGCCUCCGCUUCCGCGCGCGCAGCCGCGAGCGUGCCGAACUUCACCUUCGGGGAGUGGCCGCCCUUCGCGGUCCCUUCCAUGGUGUACCCGGACAUCGUCGUGUUCGACGACAGCUGGCCGUUGCCGUACUCGCGUCCGAGGCCGCCGCUGGACGCCUGCGACGGGAUGGAGAUGGCCGACGCCGCCUUGGCGAAAGUCGCGGCGGCGGCGGCGGUGAACGUCACGAGCGCGGCGCGGCGGGAGGACUCCUCGGAGGCGGACGCGCGGCAGACGACGACGGACUUGUUGGCCUUCUUCGUCGCGGUCUUGACCUGGACGCGCGCGGGGGCGACGGCGGCGGACUGGGUGAGGGCGAACAUUUUUGCGUGGGAGGUUUUGUCUGACGACGGAUGAGUUGCG